AUGUUUCAGUCAUUGGCUGCCAUCCAAAUGUACCCUGACAAAGACAAACACAGUGAGGCCGACAAAAAAAUUCCGCCUAGGAUAAGAUCAAGAGGAAAUGGACUAAGACCGGCUUGCCAUUCUAUAGGGGAUGGCUACGUUCAAGGUCGGACCUCAGGUAAAAAUUCUGACGAACAAUCCCUAACUAGCCAAGAGGACUUUGGAUGGGCUCUUUGGAAAACACAAAAAACAGCCACCUUUUCUCAGAAAGCAGAGAAUUAUCUCCUAGACGUGUGCUGGACAAGGGAGGAAACUAGCAAGGCAACCGCCUCUAAUGUGAUUUCCCAAAUAUCGAGUUUAAGAGACGACACCAGCCAGAAAUGUUGA